AUGGCGGACCGCAAGAAGAGAGACCGCUAUGCAGCAGGAACGGGAUACCAAUUCGGUGCGAAUACACAAGAGGCCGCAGCCGCAGCCCCCCCUCCAGUAGCACCAGGCUAUGGUGCGCCCGCGCCCAUGUACGGGGCACCAUCACCAGGAUAUGGUGCACCUGCUGCUGCGCCUGGAUAUGGUGCACCGUCUCCCGGAUAUGGAGCGCCUGCACCAUAUGGACAGCCUGCGCCUCAAGACCCAAAUGCCCUCAACCAGCAGUUUGGACAGAUGAACUUGGGUCCAGGACAGGUAGCCCCUCAAGCCCAGCAACCCACAGCAGCUACUCAGCAGAAUCAACUGUUUCCCUCGGAUCUCAUUGCUCAGCCCUUCCACGUCUCAGAGUUGUAUAACCCCCCUCCACCGAUCAACCUACCAGCCAACGCUGCGGCCACGCCCUCCGAGUUUGCGAACGAAUCGAGCAAGUAUGUGCGGUGUACGCUCAACACUAUCCCCACAAACCACAACCUACUCAAGAAGAGCAAAUUGCCCUUUGCUUUGGUCAUAAGCCCGUACGCUAGUCUACACGAUUCUGAAGAUCCGAUACCCGUAGUGCAGGACCAAAUCAUCAGCCGUUGUCGACGAUGCCGUGCCUACAUCAACCCAUUUGUUUCAUUCCUAGACCAUGGCCAUAGGUGGAGGUGCAACAUGUGCAACCUGACAAACGACGUUCCACAGGCAUUCGACUGGGACGCGGCGCAGCAAAAGAGCGUGGAUCGCUGGCAGCGACCCGAGCUGAACUAUGCCGUCACGGAGUUUGUUGCGCCACAGGAAUACAUGGUUCGCCCGCCUCAGCCAUUGUGUUAUUACAUCAUUCUGGACUGUACCCAGGCUGCAGUCAACAACGGUCUUCUUGCAGUCGUCUCGAGAGUAAUCAAGGAGGCUCUUGGCCGGAUACCCAAUGCCGAUGGUAGAACACGCAUCGGCUUCAUGGCAGUUGACAAUGGCCUCCACUUUUUCGGAAUCCCUCCGGACAACAGCGAGUCCAAUGAGCCCCAACAGCUGGUUGUGUCAGAUCUUGACGAGCCCUACCUACCCAUGCCUUCAGAUCUCCUUGUGAGCCUUAGCCAAUGUCGCAAUAACAUUGAAACUUUCCUGGACCGCCUUCCUGCCAUGUUCCAGAACACACACGUUCCUGGGUUCGCUCUGGGAUCAGCUCUCCGGUCGGCGCACAAGCUCAUCUCCCCGCUUGGAGGAAAGCUUACCGUCAUUGCCGCAUCUCUGCCCAAUGUUGGCCACGCCGCUCUGAGUCCACGAGAAGACAAGUCGCUGUUGGGCACGGGUAAGGAAGGCAGCCUCCUACAGCCAGCCAACAACUGGUACAAGUCCUUCGCCGUAGAAUGCUCAAAGAACCAAGUAUCGGUGGAUAUGUUCCUCUUUUCGUCGGCGUAUCAGGAUGUUGCUACGCUCAGUAACCUUCCUCGAUUUACGGCAGGCCAGACGUACUUUUACCCUGGAUGGAAUGCGGCAAGACAGGAAGAUGUUGUCAAGAUUGCGACGGAGCUUGCUGAUUACCUAUCUGCUGAGAUUGGUCUUGAGGCUGUGCUCCGUGUGCGUGCUACGACUGGAUUGAGGAUGUCUGCCUUUUACGGAAACUUCUUUAACCGCUCUUCGGAUCUAUGUGCUUUCCCAGCCUACCCGAGAGACCAGGCUGUGGUAAUUGAAGUUGCGAUUGACGAAACGAUUUCAAGACCAUUUGCCUGUCUCCAGGCGGCGGUGCUGCACACGACUUCGGGUGGCCAGCGGCGCAUUCGAGUUUUGACACUUGCGGUACCGACGACGGAGAAUCUGGCGACGGUGUAUGCGUCGGCAGAUGCGCAGGCAAUCACGACGUAUUUCAGCCACAAGGCGGUUGAGCGAGCGCUGUCGAGUGGUCUGGAUGCGGCACGAGAUGCGCUGCAGGCAAAGAUGAUUGAGAUUUUGUCAACCUACAGGAAAGAGCUGGCAGGAGGCAGCAUGGGCGGUGGUGGUCUGCAAUUGCCUCAGAACCUCCGCGCUCUCCCCAUCCUAUUCCUGGGUCUGAUCAAGAAUGUUGGUCUUCGCAAGAGCGCCCAAAUUCCAAGUGAUCUCCGAUCAGCAGCGCUGGAUCUCUUGUCGACCUUGCCGCUGCGCCUGCUUGUGCAGUACAUUUACCCGAGUUUCUACUCUCUGCACGACAUGCCGGAUGAUGCUGGUGUGCCGGAGCCUACGACUGGGCAGAUUACGAUGCCACCUCAAUUGAACUUGUCGAGCGGAUUGAUUGUGUCGUAUGGUCUAUACCUCAUCGAUGACGGAGUCAACCAGUUCCUGUGGAUUGGGCGCGAUGCUGUCCCGGCACUGUUGGCGGAUGUGUUUGGUGUUGAAGACCGUACACAGUUGAAGCAAGGCAAAGCAUCACUGCCUAUUCUUGACAAUGAAUACUCUGAGCGAGUGCGAGCAGCAGUGGUGGAGAAGUCGAGAGAUCACAAGUCCAAGGGCGUAGGGUCUAUUACGCUGCCUACGCUCUACAUUGUCAAGGAGGACGGAGAGCCGAGCCUGAAGCUGUGGGCGCAAACAUUGCUUGUGGAAGACCGAGCCGACCAGGGCGAGAGUCUUGUUCAAUGGAUAAGCAAGCUCCGAGAAAAGGUAGGACAGUGA